AUGAAGUCAUUUCACACUUAUGUCGGCUUCGAACUUCUCCCACUCUUUGUGAGCCUCAGCAUCCCCCUCAUUUUUUAUCUCUUGUACCAUCUCGUCCUCUUUCCGCUAUUUCGGUCCGAUAUCCGCCUCAUCCCUGGCCCAUUUCUUGCCAAAUUCACUGACCUGCACCGGCUCUUGCUGGUUCGUACCGGAUCUGCCCACGAGCAUCACAUCCGCCUUCAUCGGCGCUAUGGAUCGUUGGUUCGUCUCGGGCCGAACACCGUCUCUGUUGGCUCUCCCGCGGCCAUUCCAAUCCUGUAUAAUAUUCGCACUCGCUACCCCAAAUCAGCGUUUUACCCCGUAAUGGGAAAUGUAGCCCAUGGCAAGGUUGUUCCGACCAUCUUCUCCACGCGCGACGAAUCUGUUCACGAGAUCAUGAAGCGUCCCAUUGCGCAGGUAUACGCCAUGACCAAUCUCAAGAAUUACGAGCCACUGGUGGAGAGCACCGAGUCUCUGUUUUUCAGCAAGCUCGAAAAGAUGGCGGAUGAAGGAAAAGCCUUUGACCUCGGCACGUGGCUACAUUGGUUCGCGACGGAUGUGAUUAUGGAGAUUACAUUUGGAAAACGGUUGGGGUUUUUGCAGAGGGAGGAGGAUGUGGAUGCGAUUCUUGAAACCAUAGAGAGGCGGUUUUGGUAUGUCGCGGCGACCGGCCAAAUGCCCUGGCUGGAUAAGCUAUUGCAUAAGAACCCGCUGGUUGGCGCUGUCUCGGGCCUUCUCUCCAAGCAAAAAGUGUCCCCUGUCCUGGAGUUUGCUCUUGAGCGCAUCCAGGAGCGAAGGCAAGCGCGACAGGACUACCCUGAGAAAAGAGGUCAAGAGCGGGACUUUCUAUCCCGGUUUCUGGAUAUUCAGGAUAGUCAGUCAAAGAUCCCUGAUUCUUGGAUUAUAUCUUGGUGCCAGCAAAACGUUCAGGCCGGUUCCGAUUCCACCGCAAUUACCCUGACCUCGGUGAUAUAUCACCUCUUGAAGAAUCCAAGCUCCCUGGAAACCUUGCUCACAGAACUCGAAAAUGCCAACCUUCCGUCGCCAAUUCCCUGGGAUAUCGCACACAAGCUCCCCUACCUCGACUGCUGUAUUAAGGAAGCCUUGAGAAUGACCCCAGCUAUAGGAAUUCCGUUGGAGCGUGUGGUCCCGGCGGAAGGGAUCGAGCUGUGUGGCAGAGAUCAGAAAGUGUAUGAAACAGACGCUGAUCUCUGGAGGCCGGGACGGUGGAUUGAAGCCACCGAAGACCAGAGGAAAGAAAUGGAACGGGCACUAUUUGCGGUCAGUUCUUCGGCAACCCAGCUCUGCCUUACCUGUGGGCUCGUUUAUGCCCCUGUAGAUACUGAUAUCUUCUUUCAUCAGUUUGGAGCCGGCUCGCGAGUCUGCCUUGGGAAAAACAUCUCGUAUCUGGAGAUGUACAAGGUCAUCCCUGAACUACUGACCAGGUUCAAGUUUGAGCUCAUAAAUCCGGAAAAGGAGUGGUCUAUAAAAAAUGGAUUUUUCACGUAUACAAAGGGGGUCGAAGUCACAAUUGGCAGAAGGGAGAACUUCGGACAGCAUUAA